AUGCUGUCUCGGUCGAGCAUUGUCUUCCUUCGAGCCACUGGUGUCGCUAGAUCGAGAGCUAAUACUAGCAGACUCGUCUCCAAACUUAAAAUCUCAACCAUCUCCAAUUCCUCAUUCUCUGUUUCGAAUUCUGCCCGUCGAUUAAGCCCUGUCUCCACAGCCAAGAUGUCGACAUUAGCGACCUUCAAGCUGCCGGCCGUCCAGAACGAGCCAAAUCAACACUUUGCCAAAGGAACAGCCGAAAGGAAUAAGCUGCAGGCUGCUCUCGAUGUUCUCAAGAACAAGGGGACUACUGAUAUUCCCGUCGUGGUCGGCGGAAAGUCUAUCACCACCGAUAACAAAGUUGCCCAGUAUAUGCCCUCUCAUCAUGCCAAAACCAUAGCUACUGCGUCGCAGGCGACCAAGGAACAUGUCAACGAGGCUAUCUCGUCCGCUCUUGCUGCUCGUGAGGCAUGGUCUACACUACCCUUCGCAGACCGAGCUGCUAUCUUCUUGAAGGCUGCCAAUCUGGUCGCUGGUAAAUAUCGUUAUGAUAUUCUCGCUGCUACAAUGCUUGGCCAGGGCAAGAACGCCUGGCAAGCAGAGAUCGAUGCUGCUGCCGAAUGUGCAGAUUUCUUAAGAUUCAACUGCGCAUACGCCGAAGAAUUGUACAAGCAGCAGCCUAUCAAGAACUCGCCUGGAGUCUGGAAUCGAGUCGAGUACCGCCCACUUGAGGGUUUCGUCUAUGCUAUCACUCCCUUCAACUUUACCGCUAUUGCAGCCAAUCUGCCAUGUGCACCAGCAUUGAUGGGCAAUGUCGUUGUCUGGAAGCCCUCACCAGCUGCAGUCUAUUCCAACUACCUGCUUUACAAUAUUCUCCUCGAAGCUGGCCUUCCACCAAAUGUUAUCCAGUUCGUCCCAGGAGACGCAGAAAUAGUCACAGACGCCGUUCUCUCUCAUAAGGAAUUCACCAGUCUCCAUUUCACCGGGUCAACCGCUGUUUUCCGUCACUUGUACGGCAAGAUUGCUAAGGGUGUAGCCGACGGAUUGUACAGAUCCUACCCAAGAAUUGUUGGUGAAACCGGAGGAAAGAACUUCCACGUUGUUCACGGAUCUGCUGAUGUCAAGAACGCUGUUCUGCACACCGUCCGAGGUGCCUUCGAGUAUUCCGGCCAGAAGUGCAGUGCUACCAGCAGACUAUAUGUCGCCCAAUCCAUCUGGGAGGAGUUCAAGAAGAACUUGAUUGCCGAGACAGAGGCUUUGAAGGUUGGCCCUAGCGAAGAUUUCCAGACUUUCGUUGGACCGGUCAUCCACAGGGGAUCUUUCGAUAAGUUAAAGAGAGUUAUCGAUGAUGCUAAGAACACAAAGGGUAUAACACUUGUGACCGGUGGCAAAUAUGAUGACUCCGAAGGGUUCAUCAUCCAUCCAACUGUUUACCAAGUUGACGACCCGACCCACGAACUCUUGAAUCAGGAAUUGUUCGGUCCCGUUCUCGCUACUUAUGUCUACCCAGACGCCGAAUUCGAGAAUAUCUUGAAGGCUGUUGAUACCACCGGUGGCGGAUACGCCCUUACUGGUUCGAUAUUUGCCAAGGACCGCGAGGUUGUCCGAUACGCUGAGGAGAAGCUUAGAGAUGCGGCUGGUAAUUUCUAUAUCAACUGCAAGAGCACUGGAGCCGUUGUUGGACAACAACCCUUCGGAGGUAGCCGAGCUAGUGGAACGAAUGAUAAGGCCGGAAGCAUGAACUUGCUGUUGAGGUUUGUGAAUGUGAGAAGUAUCAAGGAAGAGUUUGAUGCUAUGGAGAGUGUCACCUAUGCUAGCAAUGAAAUCUAA